GGGGUCUUGCGCGGACUGUUUUUAUUUAUUUCUUUGUCUCAUGUGUGCAUAAAACAACAACAGUGGCGAGAUAAUCGAAGGGGCGACGAACGCGAGGAUGAGCGAAUGACGGUACCCAGCCGCUGUUCCCGGACCGAUAUCGCCAGUGACUCAACGGGGGGAGGAUGAAGCGGCGCAAUGCGGACUGCAGCAAACUCCGACGGCCGUUAAAACGGAACCGAAUCACGGAGGGUAUAUAUAGCAGCACGUUCCUGUACCUGAAGUUCCUCGUGGUGUGGGUGUUGGUUCUGCUGGCCGACUUUGUUCUGGAGUUCCGGUUUGAGUACCUGUGGCCCUUCUGGCUCUUCAUCCGGAGCGUCUACGACUCCUUCAGAUAUCAGGGACUGGCGUUCUCCGUCUUCUUCGUAUGCGUGGCGUUCACAUCGGACAUCAUCUGCCUCCUUUUCAUCCCCGUCCAAUGGCUGUUUUUUGCCGCCAGCACCUACGUAUGGGUCCAGUAUGUCUGGCACACAGAGAGAGGAGUCUGUCUACCCACUGUAUCGCUGUGGAUCCUGUUUGUGUACAUUGAAGCUGCCAUACGCUUCAAAGAUCUGAAGAACUUUCAUGUUGACUUGUGUCGACCCUUUGCUGCUCACUGUAUCGGCUAUCCGGUGGUGACGCUGGGCUUCGGCUUCAAGAGCUACGUCAGCUACAAGAUGCGACUGAGGAAACAGAAGGAAGUGCAGAAGGAGAACGAGUUCUACAUGCAGCUCCUACAGCAGGCUUUACCGCCGGAGCAACAGAUGCUGCAGAGACAAGAGCGAGAGGCAGAGGAGGCUGCUUUGGCGAAAGGGAUCUCAGAGGUAGACCCUCCAGUGAUAUCCCAAAACGGAGCCCCCCCUGGAAAGAAAGGCACCCCAGUCCCGCUACCAGAGCUGGAGUACCGGGAAAAAGGGAAGGACAGUGCUGCGAAAGAGCGUGAGGGCAAAAAACCAAACUCAAUUGGUAUCAACAACAACAGUAUCAUACACACACUGGACUCCAAACUGCAGGAGACAGAGUUUAUUGAGAAUUACGCCGGGGCAAAGAGACUCAAUAACGACCUGGCCGGAGAAGCUACGCAUGCCGACACUAACACACACACUACUCCGAAGGAGGAGAUGGGGGGGUCGGGGAAGAACUAUAAAAACGCCAGCGGAGGUGGGGGUAGCAUUUCGAAUUCAUCGCCGCGGAAUCACAGCUCCACAAAUGGCAGCGUGCCGCCAGGUUCGUCCAGCAGUAAGAAUGAGAAGAAGCAGAAGGGGGCGGGGAAGGGUCAGAAGGACCCAGUGGAGAACUGCAUUCCCAACAACCAGCUGGGCAAGCCGGAUGCCCUAGUACGGCUGGAGCAGGACGUGAAGCGACUGAAGGCGGAUCUUCAGGCCAACAGGCAGCUGGAGUCGGAGCUGCGAAGUCAGCUCUCCUCCCUGAGCAGCCAGGACCGCAGCCUUCGCUCUGAGCUGGGCCAGCUCCGCCAGGACAACGAGCUGCUGCAGAACAAGCUCCACAGCGCUGUCCAGGCCAAGCAGAAGGACAAGCAGACCAUCUCCCAGCUGGAGAAGAGGCUAAAGGCCGAGCAGGAGGCCCGGGCCGUGGCCGAGAAACAGCUGGCCGAGGAGAGGAAGAGGAAGAAGAUGGAGGAGGCCACCGCUGCCAGAGCUGUGGCGCUGGCUGCUGCCACCAGAGUCGAGUCCAACGACUCCCUGCGUGUUCGUAUCAGAGAGCUGGAGAUGGAGUGUAAGAAGCUCAGCUUGGACAUGAAACUGAAGGAGGAGCAGAUUAGGGAUCUGGAGGGCAAGUGCCAGGAGCUGCGGAAGUACAAGGAGAAUGAGAAGGACACAGAGGUGUUGAUGUCGGCACUGUCGGCCAUGCAGGAGAAGACCCAGCACCUGGAGAACAGCCUCAGCGCCGAGACCAGGAUCAAACUGGACCUCUUCUCUGCACUGGGCGAUGCCAAGAGGCAGCUGGAGAUCGCACAAGGCCAGAGCCACCAGAGGGAGCAGGAGAUCGCGGAGCUGAAGCAGAAGAUAGCCGAGGUGAUGGCGGUGAUGCCGAGCCUGUCGUACUCGUCAGACGGCAGCAACCUCAGCUCCGUCACUCCGCACUACUCUUCCAAGUUCAUGGACAAUAGUCCCUCCUCCCUGGACCCCAACGCCUCAGUCUACCAGCCCCUCAAAAAGUGACUCUGAUGCCACACUGUCUGUCAGACUGAACUUUUUUCUCUUUACUUUGUUUUUUUCGUGAAGCUCUCAGUUCUGGCUUAUGGUUUACCUGUUUGUUCAUGGUUUUGUUUAUUUGUUGUUUACCAGCCCCCGACAGGUUAUGCACUCAUACACACAUGGUGCACACAGAACCUCUAUACAAAUGUGUACUUGGGUCUUAUUAUUUUAUUUUUUUUGGUUCUAUUUUGAGAACUAUUAUUUUGAGGAGGUUGUGAUCAAUAGGAUUUUUUGGUGUUGUUUUUACUGUUGAGCUUUGGGAUUUAGCCAUUAGACGGCAUGAUCUGUUUAAAGGGGGAGAAAGGAAGGAGGCAAUUGGUCGGCCAAAUUUCUAUUUAAAGCCAUCAUGCAUCGCUUCACGUCACGUCUUCUUUUGCUGUACAGUUUGAAAUCCCCCCACAGCCAUAUUUUCUUCUAUAGUGAACUGACACCCAGACCUUUACUUUGAAAGAACAAUUGGCAUUUUCGCGAUGGUGUCUAUUAGGACAGAAGGCGUGUUUUCAGUUCGGACGUGUAAAGUUAAAGCCCCGUGAUAGAUGACAUGAAUGUAAAGCUUAUUCAUGUUUUUUGAUAUCGCUAUCAACUUAGAUCAGUGAUGGUUUGUUUUGUGAUGUUUCAGUUCUGUCACGGCGAUGUGCAUUUUUUAGAAGAUGUUGAUAUUGAGCAGGUAAACGUUCGCUGUGUUCCUCAGAAAUUCCGGUUCAAUUUAUUCCCUUGAUGCCGGAAUAUAGUCGAUUCUCCAGGAUGAAGCAGGUGUAGUUUUGUCCUUGAAAAAAAAAAACAACAACAUGCUACUGUUAAGAUUCGAAAACCUGGCACUGCCAAAAUGUUCCGUAAACGUUCACCUGUUUGCUUGCGGACACCUUUCCUCUCCCUCUGGACCAAAUUAGAACCCGUUAGGCCAUGUUGUCCACCGUAUUUAAUGAUGUCGCGGUAACCAGUCGUUACUGUUAUUUGCUGAUUUUACAGUGCCUUGCAGUUUCUCUUUUUUCAGAUGCGGAAAAACCACAUACCCUGCAAUCCUUGGAUCUAAAAGCAUCGACCUUCAAAACACUCUCUCUCUCUCUCUCUCUCUCUCUCUCUCUCUCUCUCUCUCUCUCUCUCUCUCUCUGGCUCUGACUAGGAGUUAAAGAUUUCUCACAGUCCCAUCAUUUCAAUUCAGUAUUCAAAAGCUAAGCCAACCGAGUGUCACCUCACGAGACGGUCAGUCGUUUUGACACAAUCGAUCUUAGUAUUGCAGACUCAAAAAGGGAAGACAUGACUCUGGACACGGUACGCGUCAUUUCACGGUGACACAGUCUUGGUACGCCAGACACCAACCAAACUGAUUGUCUAUUAUUACCAUGCCCAAGUGUCGGCAUUUAGUUGUUUACAACAAUGUACAUUGAAAUACUGAGGAAUGUUUUCCUUGUUUGUUCCAUUUCAGUUUUUUUAAGUGCCAAGUGUUGAUGUUCGGUUUCCAUCCAUUCUUUGAUUGUGUAGCUAGUAGCAUAAUGUUCGCAGAAGAGUGCCGUCGUGUUUUUUUUUUCUUCUGUUUUUGCCAUUGGAACAUAUUUGGACGGUGUUGUGUUUACAAGGUUCCGGGCCGAUCGUGAUGACACAGCGGAUGGUCAGUUUGGACCGAUUGUGUUUUUACACAAAUUAAUUUAUUUGUUCCAGACUUUUUUUAUUCAGUGGCACCACUUUGAUAUUUCCCGUCAUAUUCAGUUUUGAUUUCUGCAAAGUCCCGUAAGGAAGGAUCCAGUCAAUGUGUUGUGUUGGGAAAAGGUUGCCCCCCCUGAACCAUUUGACCAUGUUGUGCUGUCAUGUUGCCUACCUGGGGGGGAGUUUAGGUUUUUUUUUUGUGGAUCGCUCUGGCGUUGUGAAUUCAGUUCUCAAGUUGCUUUUACGAGUUUGUGUAGAUGGAGGAGGAGAUUCAACAUAAGUGCUUUGUUUUAUCUUGUCAUUGUUCCACCAUGUUUAUUUUCUCAAAGUGAUGGUGGCUGUGUCACACUAUUCACUCUGACCACCACUAUUAAAGAAAGUCUUGGUGGCAAUGCAA